AUGUCCGGGGGUACUGAACUCUGCGGAUCUUUUGUUAACGGCACCCCUGCCUUGCCCUCGUAUCCGGGUCAAUGCUCGACUAAAGCCCUGGGAUGCGACGUUGCAGUUUUCGGGCCCGAUGGAACGGAAGUGGAAGAUGGACAGAGCGGAGAGUUGGUCUGUCGCCGACCGUUUCCUAAUAUGCCAGUCAUGCUCUUGAAAGAUCCUGGCCGGAAGAGAUACUUCAACGCUUAUUUUGCGGGAUACCCUCAUGUUUGGACCCACGGUGAUUUUGCAAAGGUCGAUCCUGAGACUGGAGGCAUUUACGUCCUUGGACGAUCCGACGGCGUGCUGAAUCCUUCCGGCGUACGCUUUGGCAGCUCCGACAUCUACAACGUACUCCUCACGCCUCGAUUCUCACAGUCCAUCUCCGACGCGUGUGUCGUCGGCCAACAGAGAAGCUUCGCUCCAUACUUUGACUCGGUCGAACGCGUUGUGCUCUUCGUCAAGUGCACACCGUCGUACCAGCAUCGCACACAUCAUCCCUGGAUCCUGGAUCCCGACCUGGAACACGCGAUCCGUGCGCAGAUAUCACGGGAUCUCAGCCGGAGACAUGUCCCAACCUUCAUCUUCCGGGUCCCCGAGGUGCCGUACAAUGCGAAUGGCAAGAAAUUGGAGAUCCAGGUCAAAGCGAUCGUUUCUGGUGGAAGGGACGCUUUUGAAAAACUCAAGGCGACAGAAGAGGAGCGCAAGGCUUUGGCUUGGUUUUUGCCGUUUUAUCAUAUUGAGAAUGUGGUGAAAGGGACUGAAAGACCGGAGGUGAAGUUAUAG